AACCAAUAUCAUCGAUAAUUCGGUGAAAGACCAUCAGAUUCCCUAGUUCCUCCAUUUCUCCGAUCUCCAAGAACAAUGCUUUCUUCUAUGGAGAUUAAUCCGAGUUCUUCAUUGGAUCAUACCCAUCUCCCUCCUGGUUUCAGGUUCCACCCAUCUGAUGAAGAGCUCAUAGUCCAUUAUCUGAAGAAGAAAGUCACUUCAAGUCCUCUCCCUGCUCCUGUCAUCGCUGAAAUAGAUCUAUACAAGUAUAAUCCAUGGGAGCUACCAAUGAAAGCUGUUUUUGGAGAAGAUGAGUGGUACUUUUUCUCCCCAAGAGAUAGGAAGUACCCAAAUGGAGCAAGGCCUAACAGAGCAGCUGCUUCAGGUUACUGGAAGGCGACUGGAACAGAUAAACCUAUCCUUGCUUCAUGUGGAAUGAGUAUUGGAGUGAAGAAAGCUCUUGUGUUCUACAAAGGCCGGCCUCCUAAAGGAACAAAGACAGACUGGAUCAUGCAUGAAUAUAGAUUGCUUGAUGCCAUGAUUUUAAGUACUCCCAAGAUCAAAGGGUCGAUGAGAUUGGAUGAUUGGGUGCUUUGUCGAGUAAGGCAAAAGAUCAACUUCCCUAGGAAUGGCUUCAAUGAUCUGAAGGUUCCAAGUAAUGAAUUAGAUGGCUUCCUCCCAGGAUUGAAUGAGCUGUGGCCUUCAAAUCCUAACCCUGAUGUUGAGAUGAUCAAAAGUUGCCUAUACAAUGACUGCCCUAUGUUGCCUUACAUCGUUUCUUCCCAUGAUCUUAUUUGCACUGAAACAAACUCAAGCGUAGGUCUCCCAAGCAGCAUGAAAUCAUGCACUUCUGUCCUCCAGGACAAUUCUGAUAAGAAUCUGCAGCUUCCGAUUUCUUUUGAGAAUUUCUUUAACCCUUUGAAAAGAAAAUUGAUGGAGAGAAACCAGGGCAAGAGUUCUAUUGUCCUUCCAAGUAAGAAGCUUGUAAAUGGAGAUACUGUAAUGUAUUGUAAUGACAUUAACAUCGGUGGAAUAGACCAUCCUGAGGGCAAAGAUUCCAUUCCAGAACAAUGGAAUUCCAUCUACCAGCACCAAGAGCUUAAUCACCUGGACUUCACAGGAGCCUAUCAAUAGGGACAACCUAUACAUGGACAUACAUAAGGGCUGGUAAAGCUUGCAGAUAAAAGUUUCUGAAACAGCAAAAAAGCGAUGAUAUUGUGUGAUUAUAAGGUAGAUAGAUGGAUCUGAUGAUUGAUUUUCAUAAUGAAUUAUCGGUAUUACUAGUAUGCAUUUGACAGUAUUGUGCUCCAUGGAUGUUUGUAUAUGAUUGUUGAUAUCUAAUAACACUGUAAGUGAUAA